AUGGAUUUAACAUCGGGGUACUACAACAUUACUUUGCAUGAGGAGGACAAAAGGUUUACUGCUUCCAGUUCUCCCCUUGGUCACAUCGUUUCACAGGAGGGUGUGGCUAGUGAUCCGAUGAAGGUGGAGGCUAUUGUGGGUGUGUCUGAGGAACAAUUAAUGGAGGCUGAUGGUGUCACUCCUUCUUCCCAUGAUCAGAAGAAUGGUUCAAGCCCCAACACUGUUGUACCAAUAAUUGAAGCCUGUAAACUUUUUGAGCUCGUAGAAACUCUGGAGCGGAUUGUAGCGGAGCGUUUGCAGAAACCCUGGCGCACAAGAGGAGAGAGAGUCUCGAGUCCCACCAGCAUAACAUGCAAUAACGGACGGCGAGAGACUCUAGAACGGGAGUUUAUAAAGAUGGCUAAUAGUGACCCAGACACUUACACUGAACCCCAGCCUGGUGACCUCAUUGAAAUCUUUCGGCCAGCAUAUCAGCACUGGGCCUUGUACCUGGGGGAUGGAUACAUUGUCAACCUUACACCAGUCGAUGAGAGCCAAGCUGCCACGAUGUCCAGCGUGAAGUCAGUGUUUACCCGGAAGGCUGUGGUGCGAAUGCAGCUCUUGAAAGACGUUGUUGGGGGAGAUACGUUCCGUGUUAAUAAUAAAUAUGAUAGCAGCCACAUGCCUUUGCCUGUGUCUGAGAUCGUUGAGCGAGCACAGCUACUGAUUGGUCAGGAGGUGUCAUAUGACCUGUUGGGCAGCAACUGCGAGCACUUUGUCACCCUGUUGCGAUAUGGCGAGGGUGUAUCUGAGCAGGCAACUCGUGCAAUUGGGGCAAUAAGUUUGGUGACAGCAGCAGCGAGUGCCUUCUCUAUGCUUGGCUUCAUCAGCACUCGCAACAGGAACAGACCUUUCUAACAUUAUUUCGACUAAUGAUGUUUCAUGAUAUGUACAAUAAAAAGGAGCCAAAUCAUAUUUGUUCAGAACAAAAAUUGUAAAACACUCUCAUUCAGUGCUACCAGAUUGUGAUGAUGAUUUAGGGGGCUUUGUUCUCUGAACUGUCUGGAGAAUGAUUAUGAAGAAAGUGUCCAUUUUCAAAUGCAUGAUAAAGUCUUGUGAGGUGGGGUAUGGGUUUUUAAAGCUGUAGAUACUUUUUGAUAAUUUAUUACACAUAUACUGAUGUUAACCAUAUUUUAUAUAGGUAGGCCUACUAGGAGUGUUGCUAGAAGUAAACAAAUUAAUUAAUGAAACAUAUUUUGUCCGCCUAUAAUUUCGGACACCAUUUCCCACAAUGCAUCGUUUUUAUGGUCGACAUUUUAAUCCCAGGGAAACCCCGUAGGAUGGGGAGACGUUAAAGAAGGUGUUUUAGUGCAAUAUCCCACGUCGAUUAAUAUAGUACAAAAAUAAUUGUAAAUGCAUUGCGUGCUUUGUAUUUCCCAAGUUGUGUGUUAAUUCGUUAUAAUAAAACGCGAUGAAUCCU